AAAUUUCACUUGACGAAAAUUGAAAAAUCAUUUAAAAGUUGAGUUAAUUACUAAAUAAAAAUGGAUACUAGCGAUUGUAUACCAAAGUCGGCAACAGAUGAUGAAAAUAGUACUGAAGAAAAAGAAAAUAAAUCAAUAAAUGUGAAUAAUAAAUAUAAAUUGUUGCUCGAUUCCGAUUCUGAAUCUGAUGUUGAGAAAGAAACUUCAGUUAACAAAUCCAGUAAUAAAGUUAACGAUGAUUCAGACGAAGAAAGUGAUAAUAAUACAUCAAAAAUUGCUAAAAACAGAAUCGUUUCCGAUUCAAGUGAUGAUGAAAAAGUUUCAAAUCGUUCUUCUGUCAAAGAUCGCAGAAAAAAUAGCAAUCCGAAGAAAAAGAUUCUUCCAAUUAAACACCAUCGUAAAUCGGCAAGUAAAGCUAUGGAAGUGAUAAAGAAAAAAAUUGCUUCAAAACAAGAAACGAAUGUGGACCAAAACACUCAAAUUGGAAAAGAACGUGAAAUUAGAAUUCCUUACCAUAAACCUAAACAAUAUACGCUGAAAGAAUUUUUAUCACGAAAAACACUUAAUAAGCCAAUUUUCGAUGAAGAAAUAACCGACACAACUUUGGCAAUCAAAAGAGCAAACCAAAACAUUGAUGUGCUCAUUGAAAAGAUGAAAGAACGAGAGAAAGAAACUCUUGAAUUCUUUAAAAGCGAAUCAGAAAAUGAUGAAAAGGAACCUGAGCAAGAUAAAAAAAUUUACGAAAAGAUUUCAACGAAUUCUGACGACGUUCCACAAACUUCUGAUAACCAUGUUGAGAAAGCUGAGCUUAAAAGUGAUGAUCCUGAACUCGAUAAAAUUCGUGAAAGAUACAAAAAUGAACCAUUGCCAGCCACAUUGAAUUUGCAUGAAGGAAAUAUUGAACAUAAGCCUUCAAUUCGUACUUCAAAGACUCAUGAUGAAAUGUACUCAGGAGAUAUGAUCAUUGACUUGGAAACGGGAUUAAUUCAGCCGAAAAAACUUAGUGGACCUGAAGAACUCCGUCAACGUCUUUUUAAAACACUUCCAAAAUCAUCACCUUUAGAUCCUACCGGAUCAAACAUUGCUGAUUCCAAACGUCCAUGCUUAGCUCGUGUACAAUGGAAAGGGAGUUUGCAAGAAGCAGCAAAGAAAGAAUCUUUGGAACUGUUCAAGAAGGGACUGAAGGUCAGAACAAAGGAAGAAGAGCUCGAAUUAAAUGAAGAAAAACCAUCAAAUCUAGAUGAAGAAGAUGAAGUAGAGAAAGAUGAUGAUGAAAGUGAUGAAGAAAUUGAAGCAGAAGACGAAGAGGAUGAUGAGGAAGAACAAGAACUCAUUGAAAGUAAGAAGAAGAAAAAUGUCUGCGAGUUCCUUGACGAUGAAGCUGUAAAUGAAGAUGAAUCUGAAGAUGAAGAGGAAUCUUCAAGUUCUUCUAGUGACGAAGAAGAAACAAAAAAAAACGAAAAAUCAUUUCCUAAAAAAGGAAGAAUUUUGAAAGCUUUUGAAGAAGAUUCAGAUGACGAAAGUUGUAAAAAGUUACUGGAAAAUGUUGAAGAAAAUAAAGAAUCUGAAUCUGAGAAUAUUGAAAGUACAGAAAAUAUUCAAGAAAACCAAAUCGAAUCACAACACUUUAACAGAGGAUCCGAAGACUUAUUCAGUACUCAACCUUCUGACUUCACAUUCAGUGAACCAAGUGUUUCUGUUGAGAAGAAACAGAAUGGAAUUAGCGAUUUGUGCAAUGAAAAAUUCUCACAACCAGAAGAUGACGAUUUUAUGGAAAUUCUUUCCGGACAAUUUGCACCCACACAAGAUGAUCAAGUAACUGAAGUUCCGGCAACUGAAGAAGUUCAAGAAGACUCUCAAUUCAUAACACAAAUCGAUCAAGAAACUCCAACUGCUGGAAAAGUUUUAUCACCAAUCAAAAAUCGUCAGAAACUUCUCGAAUCAAGCGAUGAUGAAGUGGAAGAAAACAUUGAAGAAGUCAACAACAAGAAAAAGAUGAAGAAAAAGAAGAAGAAACGCAAACAAAGGACUAAAAAAUUAGGCUUUUCUGAUGACGAGGAAGACAACGAGGAAAAUGAUGAGUUUGAGGAUGAAGAAAAUGUUGAAGAUUGCGAGGACGAAGAAGUGGAAGAAGAGGAAGAAGAAGUUCUUGUCGAUUAUGAUUCAGAAGAAAAUGAAAUCGAAGUAAAGAUGAAGAAGAAAGAUCGAAUCAAAGCUGCUAGUGAUUACUUCGAGAAGGAAGCUGAAUUAUCAGAUUCAGAAUGGGGAUCAGCUGAUGAAGAUGAAAUGGGAAUGGACAAGCUUGAGCUUGAAUUAGGCGAUGAAGAACAAUUUGAUCAAGAGAAAUUGCAGGAAGAAGUUGGAAGAAUUCAUGCCCGUAAAGUUCUUGAUGACGACAUAAAAAAUGUCAAAAAGCUGCAAGAUUUAUUGUUCGAAGACGAUGAAAAUGACGGCAUGGAACGUGAAAGAAAAUUUAGAUGGAAAAAUCAAACAAACGACUUUGCUUUCGAUAAUGAUAAUGCAAGAGGUGGAGAUGAUAAUCUUCAAGAUGAAAAUGAUGAUGAAGAUGAUGAACAGUUGGAGAUUCAGUGGCGUAAAGAACGACACGAACGGGAGACUUUAUUACGGGAACAUGCAUUGAAGAAUCCUGAAGAAGAUAGCGACAGUGUUGUGCUUUUUGAUCAAGACAGCCAAACUGUCACAACAUCAAGCAUGAGUAAAUUGAUUAAAUAUCGAUGUUCUACAUCCAGUAGCUCUUUGAAAGCUUCAACUACAGUUCUCGAUAAAAAUUCAGCAUUUUUGAUUAAAGCAUCAGAUAUGCAACGAUACAAACGAUCUUCAUUCUUGGCACGUGACGAUCAAACUCUUAAAAGAAUUGCAAGUUUUCUUCCACGAAAGGAUGACGAAAUAUCUAAUCUUAGUUCACAUGGUACAAGUUCUAUGAGCUUCAUUCCAAUUGAAAAACAAGAAGAUAAUAAAAAGAGAAAAUCUGAUGGAAAUUUUAUUGUAAUAAAAACAAAAAAAAUUAUGUCAGACACCAGUUGCGACUCAAAUUGUGUCCUGACGGGAUUUCUUCUGAUAAAGUCCCAAAACGGUUUUAAUAUCAAACAGAAUCCUAAAAAGAAACGUUUCGUAAUGCUUUUUGCACGAUCCAGCCAAGGAAUUGAGCGUCUUGAGAUUGCCGAUAGUGAGACUGAUAAGAAUCCUCGAAUAGUUACACUCGAGAAUUGCAUUAAAGUCAACUCUGAACCAUUACCACCAGCCUUUCUCAUAAAUGUCCUUACAAAAUCUGGUCAAAUUGUCUUCCAAUGCACAAACGAAACUGAAUUAAAUCUUUGGACAAAAUCACUGCAGUCUGUUGCCUUCAACGAUAAACUAGCACAGUCAAAAAGAAAUUCUAUAGUCGAGUACAAUGAACUUUACUGCUCAUCAUUGUCGGAAGGAAAGUUUGUCUGCAAUUUAAUAUCAACUGACAUCACAGUUAAGAAUAAACUGGAACCGAAAAUUUAUACUCUUGAAUUAACUAUGACAGAAAUCCAAUUGCGAAGUUAUGAUGACGACAGUGUGAUCGUUGCAAAAUGGCCAUAUCGAUACAUUCGUAAGUAUGGCUAUCGCGAUGGAAAGUUCACAUUCGAAGCUGGUCGUAAAUGUGACACAGGCGAAGGAACUUUUAAAUUAGAUCAUGCAAAUCCACAAGAAAUAUUUCGUUGCAUGUCGUCUAAGAUGAAAUCAAUGAAGAAACUUCUUAAUGGUGACAGUUCGGGAAGUUUGGACUGUGGUGAAAACCAAUUGAAUGCAGCUUUAUCAAUGGAAGCUGGAUCGAGAAGUCCAUUGCCACCAUUCAUUAAUUCACCAAAUUCACCAGAUGUAGAAAUUUCCAUAACAUCGCAUGCAUCACUUCGAGGAUUUUUGUCAUCAACAGAUUCGAUAAACAUUCCAUUUCUGCCUGGACCACCAACGCCACCAGUUAAAAAUCUUCCAAUCUCAAUUCCAAACAAACCACCUAGAAAGACUUUACAUACAGUGAACUCAAGCGACAGAUUAAAUCCAAACUUUCAUGAAACACUAGUUCAACUUGAUUCCCCGCCCACGCCUCCAGAAAGAAAUAAAUCGAUGGCCCGCGAUUACGAAUGCAUUGAGAAUAUAACUGAAGCGUGGAAAACAUUGGGAAUUGAUGAACCUAAACAUACUGAACACGUUUCAACACCCGAAGAUGAACUUCAAGAAUUCGCAUGGCAACGAAGUAAAUCUUUCAAUCGAAACGAAACGAGAAAGAUUUCCAUAAUUGAUAUUAAUGAGAGUGCGACGAGUGUGAAUAAUUCAAAUGUAUCAGUUACAAAGUUGGAACGUUUAACAGAUGAUGAUGAAAGUGAUUAUGAUCGAUUGGAAUUCUUUCCAACUAGCAACAAAGCAAGUUCAUCAAGCAGUGGAUAUAAAACUAUUGUUCCAAUCGUUCCACCGCCUAUGAAAAAGAAACCGCCAGUAUCUGACGAUUACGAGAUUAUUACACCAACUGAACUUCAAUCACUGCCUUCGACAUCUCAUGACAUUCCAACCAAUCCCGAGCCACAUUUAGCACCAUCGCGGUUAGCUGACGAUAGUUAUCUUGGAUAUGGUGUGAUAAGAAAAACGAGUUUACCACAACAACAAACUUCAUCAACUGCUGUUUCCUUCUCAUCAACUUCAACAACACAAACUGUCGUAUUAAGUGAUGAAGAGUUAUUGGAUCAUCACAAAUAUAAUGGAUUGGAUUAUGCGAUUGUAAGCAAACCGAAAAGAGUCUGAAGAAAAGAAUCUGAUAGGAAAUUAUGUUGCCAUAGAAUUUAGUCAUCUGACUUUAAAAAUCUUUUCUCAUUUCAUUCCAUAUUCCUUAAAAAUGAUAAGAAACUUUUGAGAUUUAAUUCAAUUUUAAUGUUACAUUCCUUUUGAGAUCUUUGACGUUCAAUGUAAUUUUGGUUUCAUUAUCAUCGUCGUACUUUGUUUUUAGUUUCAAUCGUUACCGAAACUUUCAACCGUUACAUUGAAUAUCAUUGAUUUUAUUGUUAAUUUUUGUUUUCCAUUUAUUAUAAUAUUCGAAAAGAAAGAAAAACGUCCAGUAUUGAGUUAAGUGCCUUUAAUGAUUGUUUUUUGUACUUACGAAAGAUACGCGAAAUAUUUUUGCAAUAAAAAAACUUUUUGAUAUUUUCAUAAACGAUAA